UGUCAUGUGAUUUCGCACAUCCCCGAGAACGCCGAGGAACUCUGGUCGGGCCGAAAUGAAAUGGAGACGGCAUAUUUUAUUUCCAGAGAGCCACAUCCAACCAAGAAGCUAUACAAAACACUUGUCAUGCGGUGAACUGUUCUAUCUCUGGUCUCAUAGUCACCCGUCACAAUGUUCCGUGUUAUUGUAGGACGGCGCAUCGCCAAUGGGGCCUCUUCAAUGGCCAGAUCCUUCAGCACAACCCCAAUUGCCCAGGCAGCGAGGGAAGUGAAGAAGGUGGGAGUUAUCGGAGCUGGGCAGAUGGGUCUGGGAAUCGCACUGGUUGCUGCCCAAAAGGCUGGCGUUCCCGUAACCCUUAUUGAUAACUCUCAAGAGUCUCUCGAUAAGGGUAUGAAAUUCGCAGACAAACUACUCGAGAAAGAUGUCGCAAAAGAGCGCAUUACCAAAGACCAUGCCGCCCAAGUCCGCUCGAUGCUUAAACCCAGCACCAACCUCUCCGACCUCUCCGACGUAGACUUCGUUAUAGAAGCCGUCCCCGAAAUCCCAGCCCUUAAGGCAUCCAUCUUCUCCCAGCUGGCCAAAAUCGCUCCCUCCCACGCCAUUCUCGCCACAAACACCUCCUCUAUCUCCAUCACUAAGAUCGCCGCCGCGACCACCGAAAAUCCCACCGACCUCUCCGCCUCCUCGCGCGUCAUCUCCACCCACUUCAUGAACCCAGUCCCCGUCCAGAAGGGCGUGGAGAUCAUCACAGGCCUGCAAACGUCCCAAGACACCAUCGACACGGCCAUGGAGUUCGUCAAGCGCAUGGGCAAGAUUCCUGCCCGCUCCACUGAUUCGCCAGGCUUCCUCGCGAAUCGCAUCCUCAUGCCAUAUAUCAAUGAAGCCAUCAUGUGUCUCGAGAACGGCAUUGGCACUAGGGAAGAUAUUGACAGCAUCAUGAAGUACGGAACCAAUGUGCCCAUGGGUCCACUGACGCUGGCUGAUUUCAUUGGUUUGGAUACCUGCCUGGCUAUUAUGAAUGUGCUGCAUACCGAGACCGGUGAUAGCAAGUAUCGCCCUGCGGGAUUACUGAAGAAGAUGGUUGAUGCUGGCUGGAUGGGCAAGAAGACCUCCAAGGGCUUUUACGACUAUUAAUUGAUUAUUUCGUUUUGGGAAAAUAGUGGAUGGGCUCAUGGUGGCAAUGUUUCGACUUGAGUCAACGCAAUGGGUUUGAAACCCAACCCCCUUGGAACACCUUUUUCUUUUAACCAGGUGCGUGUAUAACAUGUAUAUAGAAAUAAAGGUAUAAAAUUUGUUAUGUUAUGUUAUGUUUUCAAGUAUUCGUGCAUUAUCCUUGUGUUACCGCAAUCCACUCCUGGGGCUCCCUCCAUUUCACCGGGGCCAGAUAGAUACAAGUCGCUCGCAUUUUCGAAAUAUUUGGAGAUCUAUCCUUACUCCAUUUCGCAAACCAAAAUCAAAAAAUUGACAAUACAUUCACCUUGCUAUUAUUCUGUUCAAAACACGUCCGGAUCCGGAUACCCCUGUUUAGACAUCAAUUUGUCCAACACCAUGAACUCUAAGGCAAAAAUAACUAAAGAAAAAGAGAGACAAAAAGAAAGGCAAAACUAAUCUGCACCACCAACUAUCCUUCAAUAUUUAAUGUAUUAGUCACUCCCAAUACGCCCGAUUGGCAACCAUCUCACCACCAAUCCCACAGUCACCAUCACUGCCAUUUCCACGACGAUUCUUCACCUCCAAUGUGUCCGCGAUCCGGGCCAAGUUGCUUUCAAUGGAUCCCAAGACGGUUAACAAUUUAGCACCUAGAUUGAAAGAGGUAGCGUUCAAAUCAGUGCUGGCUGCCUGGAUAUCUCCUCCUGUGGCAUUUUCUUCCGUAGCUACCUUAAUGGAAGGGGCGACUGUAUUUGCUUCAGCAGUGGCAGUACGGAGCUUGCUCUCCAUUUGAGCCGCAGGAGCUGGAUCCUGGCCAAGCUCUAGAGGGGAGGGGGUUGGUGUAGGGAGUUUGAGGUCAUCGCCAUCACCAUCACCGUCACCAUUGCUACCAUCGCCUUUGGUUGUAAAAUGAGCGAAGAGGGGAGGAGAGCUGGUGACUGUGGCUUUAUCGGUCAUGUUGGGCGGCAUAAUCAGCAUUUUAGCUGUAGGCGACAUCUUAAAAUAAGGGGACGAGCCGGGUGGGGAUUCAGUUUUCACUGCUCUGAAGGGAGAGGACAGUGUAGCCAUCACCAAAGGUUUAUCAGGGGUCUUGACACUUCCAGCCCCACCGCCAAUGGCAGUUGGGGUAGGAUCCGUUGCGCUGACGAGGGCUCCAACAGUUACUUUAGACCCAGAAACGCCCGAAACAUAAUGAGACGCACGAGGAGAAAUUGCCAUAUCUGCACCAGCGAUGUACGUUUCCAUUUCUUCUUGGAAUAUAGUGAACUCCUCGCUUAGACGCUUUUCCCGGCGGGAGACCUCAUCAGGCCAGCCAAGUGCGCUCGGGGUCGUGAUGAUGGAGCUGGCGAUUGUCUGGAUUUUGGCCAGGCGAGGCCCGAGGCCCGAGGGCUUGAGGGAUCUUUUUUGGAGAGUUUAGCAAUCCUUUCUUUUUGUCAUCUGUUUUUCAUUUUUGUUGCAAACACGUUUUAUCUGGAGGGAUAAAACAAUAUUCAGGGGAAUUGGGAAGGAUGUAAUGUAAGAAUGCUCACUCGAAAACCUACCUUCAAGCACGCCUUGUACGUCGCAUCGCAGUGGCGACAUUUCGAGUUACAUGGCCCAGGCCGGCAUUUCAUCUCUCUCGGAUUCCGACAUAAUUCCUGGAUACAUUCAAAGCAUGGUUCCCACGUCAGCGUAGGCAUGACUGCGCGCUGCGCGGGUGGUGUGCAUGUUGCUGCUGCAAGCUGGGCGUCGAUAUGACUAGUACCGUCAGGGCCAGAUUUGCGUGGCAUGUCCUUCUUUUGAGACGAUGUGGAAUAGAUUUUCUCAUCCAGCUGUAUUCCCCGGUAGUAUUCGCGGACGUCGUAGUUGAUAUCUGAAGCCCUACUGCUGCGUUCUGGCCACUUUCGGGGUCGUUGGUGGCCAUGUUCUUGUUGCUGCCCCUCUUCUUCAUCCGCUGCCUUUCUCUUGUUGGUAGCCUGCAUUUUAUUUUGUACGACGUUCUUGGUUCUUAAUAUAACUAUUAGUUAGCUCUGUAUCUGUUUUUCAUUCACUUAGGAGGAAGAUCGAGAUGCGACAAAAUUAUAUUUACCUUUCCGCAGACGUGACUCCAGUGUUGCACGCCGGCCACUGGAGCUAAGAGAGGGCUGUAGAGGGCGUUUUACCAAAUAGGAUGAGGACACUUGAAAGUGAUGACAACCAUUGAGUACAGACUUCGGUGUUUGAUAGAUAUAAAACAGAUUGAUUUAGGGGUUAGCCUGUUUUACCCUUCAU